GGACCAACAACAUCGCUCCCAACCGGAAGCAGUUCGCCUCAGCUCCGCCAUUACGGCUCUCGCGUUCCCAGCCGCCAUCAGCCGCUCUGCCUGCCGCUUUCACUGAGGACGUGGAGAGGCACUGUCCGAUAACUUCUUUUAAUUUUACCUAGAAUGAGGGUUAAAAAUGAAAUUGACGACGACGAGAAGGGAAAACUGUUUGUCGGUGGUCUUAGUUGGGAAACUACACAAGAGGCCUUGCAGAGGUAUUUUGGUCGCUAUGGAGAGGUCAUUGACUGUGUGGUAAUGAAAAAUAGUGAAUCGGGACGGUCCAGAGGAUUUGGUUUCGUGACCUUUUCAGACCCAGCAAAUGUAACACACGUCUUGCAAAAUGGACCUCAUCAGCUUGAUGGAAGAACUAUUGAUCCCAAGCCAUGUAACCCAAGGACACUUCAGAAGCCCAAGAGGGCUAGCAGCUACCCCAAAGUCUUUUUGGGGGGCUUGCCAUCUAAUGUCACUGAAACGGAUUUGCGCUCUUUCUUCACACGCUUUGGGAAAGUUCAGGAAGUAGUGAUUAUGUACGAUCAGGAGAAGAAAAAGUCCAGAGGGUUUGGCUUUUUGUCCUUUGAGGAUGACGAUGCAGUUGACCGCUGUGUGUCAGAGCAUUUUGUUAACCUGAAUGGGAAGCAGGUGGAAAUUAAAAAAGCUGAACCAAGAGAUUCCUCUAACAAGAUGGGUGGUGACAACUCCUGGGGUCCACCUCAAGGUGGCCCCCAGAUGGGCAUGGGUGGUGGCGGCAUGGGAAUGGGCGGACCUAAUGGCCAGAUGGGUGGCCCAAUGAGUGGUCCUAUGGGACCUAUGGGACCUGGCAACAUGAUGCAGGGAUACCAAGGAUGGGGUAAUACUCAAGCUCAGGGAUACCCUGGACAGUGGGGCCCAACUUCAAACCAGCCCCCUGUUAAUGCAGGAUAUGGUACUCCAUCAGGCCCAGCUGGAUAUCAAGGUUGGGGUGCUCCGGCUGGCCCUCAAGGACAAGGCAUGGCUCCGCAGUGGGGAUCCAACUACGGUGGUCCUCCUCAACAGCAGGGCUACAGUUCGUAUGGCCCUCAAGGUGCACCACAGUCUGGAUAUGGCCAAAACUGGAACUGGAAUAUGCCCCAAAACGGUCCACCAACUGGAGGAGCUCCUCAAGGACCAUCAGGCGCUCCCGGUCCACAGGCUGACAUGUACUCCAGAGGAACGGGUGCAGGCGCUGCUACACCAUCAGGUCCUGGACCUGCUGCUCCUGGUGCUGGAGGAGCACAGAAAGCUGGUGCUGAUUAUGCUAGUUAUGGAUACGGCGGCAGUGGCUAUGGCGCAGACUCCACCAGCUACGGCGCCAAUAGGGGUUAUGGUGCAGAUGCGGGAUCCAACUCAAGUGGGGGAGGCUAUGGUUCCAGCCACCCUUCAGUCCCAGCAUACCAAUGGAAAAGCAGUUUUUCAAGUACUGCAAGCUCCAAAAUUCUUUGAAGGCGUAAGUAAGGCUUAUCUAACUGAUAAAGCGUACAGUCAUAACUGACCUUUCUCUCUGUGAAUCUUAAAAUAUAUUCACUCAAGUCCUUGCUCUUAGAACAAUUUAGUGCAACACCAGUAGCUAUUGGGCAUUAGCCAUUGAGUGAGGUUAACUGCUGCUGCUUGUCAGACCUAUUUGGGGUGAUCUAACAUCCUUCGUAAUUGCACAUGUCAAAGUCCCUAUUAGUGGUACACAGGUUAGGGCUAUUCCAUAGGCUAGACAACACGUGUGAAAUGUGCUGGUGACAAAGCUUCACUUAAUUGAACAACCUAGUUGCUUGUCCCUUAAACCACAGUAACAUACACAAGAAAAGCAUGUGAUAAAUUUUCAAAAGUCUGUCAGGUUUACAUGCCUUUUCACAAAUUCCUCUGUCUUCUUUCCUUAAAGCUGCUUUUUCUACAUUUCUUCAGAUAUUUUACUAUCUAUUUCCAAAUGAGUUGUGUGUCAAAUGUGGAAUAUUCAUGAAUUAGGUCUUAGAGUAGGCUGUGGACAUUGCAUGGCCGGAGUGCAAAGAUCUUAUCAGAACCAUAUGUUUGGAAGAGAGCUUGUGUGUCAUGACAGUGCUGGAUUUUUGAAUCAUUCCUGCUAACCUUUGUUCCUGCUUCUUUUGUCCUCAAGCUAACUCACGGAAAUGCUCUCCAAACAUCAGAGUUCUUGUCACCAGUAAGUUCUUAUAAUUGUUCAAUACUUACAAGCUAUUAGCAGUCUCUUUAUUCAUGUAUAAUUAGUCUCCUUAAAUACUGCAUGAAUGAACUUGAACCCCGAUCAAUGGCCUUUGUUCUCACUUUUAUUUCACGUCUAUAGGGAAAAUGCAUGGAAAAUCUUCAUUCUAUUAUUAAAUUUGUUUUUUAUCCACUUCAUUCCCUGAACGUAAUUUGUUCUAGAAGACUGGAGUUAAUGCAUGCUGGUGUUGCAUUAGCAUUAGUAGUAAUUUGUUUCCCCUGGAAUCAAAGCCAUGGUUUUUUUCAGAAUGAUAGACCAGGAAAAAAUCUUGUAGCAUCUUGUUUUCAUCUGGCAUUUUGGAAGAAUGUGCUUUAUUACACAUGUAUUGUAUAAUCCAUCUCUGUUGGUAGCUUGGCCUGGUUCCUGUCCUUGUUAUUUCUCUAACUUGGUGUUAAAGUGCACAAGCUUAUUGAUGUCUUUGAAGAAUGCAAACAAAUUAAUUCCUCAAGUUCAUUCAUGAUAUUUCUGUAGCUUCCUAAUCUGUUUUAUCUAACUGUUUUAUAUGCCAUUUGGCAUUUUAGCCAGGCCGUUGCUACAAAUUGUGCGUGUGGUGCGUGUGUAACAGGUCAGGGUGACGGACAGGGAGCGUCAGGAGGCUACACGGGCGGGCCAGGACCACAACGCGGUGGUAACUACACAGCCCCUACUCAAAGCCAGAGUUUCCACCCUUAUAGACGGACGUAAGCCUAAAUUGUUCUGCCACCAGUUUUAUGGAUCUUACUUACUGAACAAAACAUUUUAAAGAACAUGCAGUGCUCAAGAAGCUGUGUACAUCUGGAACUAUUAAGGAUACUUUUAAAAAAUCAGAAAAUAGAACAUUGUGCUCUUGUGUUUUGUCCUUCUGACCCGAGUAAAGCCUUGUGGAAAGUUUGUGCUCAGCCCUGACUAUCUGUAGCUAUGAUGCAUUUACCUUUCUUGAGAUCAGCUAUGCCAACAGAAGUCAAUGUCAUGUCUGCAAAGUAUUCUUGCGUUGCCACAGUUUUCAUCAUUAUCUGUUAAUUGGUAUAAAUUUUAGUUCACAUGACCACCUAGAAUUAGCAUAGACUAGACUUGACAAACAAGGCUUUACUAGUCGUAAGAAUGCAAAAUCAAAAUUGGUUUUCCAUUCAGAUUUCUCUUUAAGCUAGUACCUUACCUGUAUCGCGUGGAAAAUUGAAUGAAGUGGGUGUGUUAUUUUUGUGUUCUUAGUUAUUAUUAAUUAAAUCAUCUGAUUAAAAUAUUAUUCUGUGUUAUGUGUUCUUGGAGCGGAUCCAAGUGUGAAAGCCGCAUGUUGAGAAUAGUAAGAAGCAUGUCUGAUGUAUUAUUUUUUCACCUGAUACUUCAUUAAGACGUUAUACUUGACUGCGUAAAAUUAGUGACUGAAGAUCUCGAAGCUGAUUGUGCGGAUGGGCUGAAGUCUGUCACCCACACGCUUCCCCUCAUUAUAUCAUCCCAUUGCAUCACCCUGCCAGGAAUUAAAAGCCAAACCCACCAGUGUUUCUAUUGUGGAGCUUGAAGCUACCAUUUUUUGUCUCAUUUUACUCACAUUGGCUGGGCUAUUGUCAUUAUACCUAUGUAUAUUUUGCAAUAGACAAUUGAUUCAAUAAAAUUGAAACAUUCAUUCUU